CAACUUUCUAUAACAAAUUAAAAACUGUUGUUGGAAAUUUGGGAAGCAGAAAUUGUUGGGAAUGAAUGUUGACAAAUUUUUCGGAGAUACUCAGUAAUACCUUUUGCUCCUCAGAAUAUUGUCGCCGAAUCUGUUAAUUCAUGCAAAGAUCUGUAAUCAUAGACGUUGAUUAGUGGAUUUUUAUACGCUGUUUAGAUUUAAAAUGAGUAGUUUAUAGAACAAAAAUGAAAGGAGUUUACUUGGUGGUGUUGAUGGUUGUAUCGGUGCUCACAUCGUCAGUAUUAGCUGAUGUCACCUGUAAUUUUGGUACCGACGAAUGUGGGUACACGAAUGAUGCGACAGCGGAUGUUGAUUGGCUUAGAAGCUUUGGAAUAACUGCCCUCAGAUUCAAUGGACUGGAAACGGGUCCGCUCAAUGACCAUACCAUUACCGUUGAUAUAACGCAACCUCCAUACUACAUGGUCCUAAAAGACGUAGUGGGCAGUCAGGAUUUAACAGAGGGAGAAACAGCUCGACUCAUCUCUCCCUGCUAUUCACUGUCUACGACGUUAGAUAUGACUUUCUAUUACCAUAUGUACGGUGAGGACAUGGGCACAUUAAAUGUAUACGUAGUCGGCUGUGACGUCACUAGUUUUAGUGGUCCUGUUUUCACCAGGUCAGGAAACCAAGGAGAUGAAUGGAUAGAGGGAACUAUUAAUUAUGACGUCUCGGGCAUAGAUGGUGAUAUUAAGAUUGUUUUUGAAGCAAUAAGGGGCGCAUCAGCCGCUAGCGUCAUCGCCAUCGAUGACGUGUCCAUUGUCGAUAGUGACGAUUGUCUGGGUAUUACCUGUGAAAAUGGAGGAACAUGCGUGGAUGAUUUUCUCGCCUGGUCCUGCACAUGCGUAGAGGGAUUUGAAGGAACAAAUUGCGAAACAAAUAUUAACGAGUGUGCUAGCUUGCCGUGCCAAAAUGACGGUGCUUGUGAAGAUGGAGAGAAUAUGUACGCAUGCAUUUGUUCGGGAGGCUACGGGGGAGAUCAUUGUGAACUCGAUGUGGAUGAUUGUGUAGCAGGACCAUGUCAGAACAAUGGUGCCUGUACAGACGCCCUCAACGGAUAUACGUGUGUUUGCACUUCUGGCUACUCUGGAAACGACUGUGAAACUGAUGUUGAUGAGUGUGCUUCUGGUCCUUGCCAAAAUGAAGGCCAGUGCGUAGAUGACGUCAACAUGUUCUCGUGUGUCUGCUUAGAUGGUUUUGAUGGAACGAUCUGUCAAAAUGACAUAGAUGAAUGUGCAUCGAAUCCAUGUCAGAACAAUGGGGUGUGCACCAAUGGCGUAAACAUGUUUGUUUGCGAAUGUCCCGAAGGGUUUUCAGGAACAGUUUGCGAGACUGACUUCAAUGAGUGUGCGUCUUUGCCGUGCGCGAAUAACGGUGAAUGCGUAGACGGAGCGAACGGAUAUUUAUGCGAAUGUCCAAACGGUAUUGAAGGAGACGAGUGUGAAACUGACAUAGACGAGUGUACGUCAUCACCUUGUCUAAAUAACGGGGCAUGUUCAGAUCUUCUGAAUGCGUUUAACUGCGCAUGCCCAGAAGGGUUUACAGGCGAUAGGUGUGAAACGGAUAUUAACGAAUGUGAACCCCAGCCAUGUCAGCAUAACGGUGCUUGCACCGACGCUGUAAAUGGAUUCACUUGCACAUGCGCAAAUGGCUACCAAGGGGAUACUUGUGGAAUUGAUAUUAACGACUGUGAGCCCAAGCCAUGUCUGAAUGGCGGCGUUUGUACUGACGCUGUAAACGGGUUCACUUGCACAUGCGCAGAUGGCUACCAAGGCAAUACUUGUGAAAUUGAUAUCAACGACUGUGAGCCCGAGCCAUGUUUGAAUGGCGGCGCUUGCACCGACGCUGUAGACGGGUUUACAUGCACAUGCGCAGAUGGCUACCAAGGGAAUAAUUGCGAAAUUGAUAUUGACGACUGUGAGCCCGAACCAUGUUUGAAUGGCGGCGUUUGCACUGACGCUGUAAACGGGUUCACUUGCACAUGCGCAGAUGGCUAUCAAGGGAAUACUUGUGAAAUUGAUAUUAACGACUGCGUGCCCGAGCCAUGUUUAAAUGGCGGCGCUUGCACCGACGCUCUAAACGGGUUUACAUGCACAUGCGCAGAUGGCUACCAAGGGGAUAAUUGUGAAACUGAUAUUGACGACUGUGAGCCCGAGCCAUGUUUGAAUGGCGGCGUUUGCACUGACGCUGUAAACGGGUUCACUUGCACAUGCGCAGAUGGUUACCAAGGGGAUAACUGUGAUAUUGACAUUAACGAUUGUGAACCUCAGCAAUGCCAGAAUGGCGGCGCCUGCACCGACGCUGUAAACGGGUUCACUUGCACAUGCGCAGAUGGCUAUCAAGGGAAUACUUGUGAAAUUGAUAUUAACGACUGCGAGCCCGAGCCAUGUUUGAAUGGUGGCGCUUGCACCGACGCUGUAAACGGGUUUACAUGCACAUGCGCAGAUGGCUACCAAGGGGAUAAUUGUGAAAUUGAUAUUAACGACUGUGAGCCCGAACCUUGUCUGAAUGGCGGUGCUUGCACCGACGCUGUAAACGGGUUUACUUGCACAUGCGCAGAUGGCUAUGAAGGGAAUACGUGUGAAAUUGAUAUAAAUGAGUGUGAACCAGAUCCGUGUCUAAAUGAUGGCGUAUGUACAGAUAUCGUAAACGGCUUUACGUGCGCAUGUGUGGAGGGUUACGAAGGAGCCACAUGUGAAACUGAUAUUGAUGAUUGUUCGGGCGGACCGUGUCUGAACGGCGAUUGCAUCGACGGGAUAAACAAUUUCAAUUGCAUAUGCCCAGAUGGCUUCACGGGUCUAACGUGUGAAACCUUUGAUGAUGGAGCAGAUGGUGGAGACGAAGGAGGUACAGACGGUGGGACCGAUGAUGGCACCGAUGGUGGUGGAACCGAUGGUGGCACAGAUGAUGGGACAGAUGGAGGUACUGACGAUGGCACGGAUGGUGGCACAGAUGGCGGUACUGAUGACGGUACCGAUGAUAGCACAGAUGGUGGUGGGACCGACGAUGGUACUGAUGAUGGGACAGAUGGAGGUACUGAUGAUGGCACGGAUGGUGGCACAGAUGGUGGAACAGAUGGCGGUACUGAUGGCGGUACCGAUGAUGGUACAGAUGGUGGUGGGACCGACGAUGGUACAGAUGAUGGAACAGAUGGAGGUACUGAUGAUGGUACUGAUGGUGGCACAGACGGUGGAACCGAUGGUGGUACGGAUGGUGGCGGAACCGACGGCGGCACAGAUGAUGGAACCGAUGGUGGUGGAACCGACGGUGGCACAGAUGGUGGUGCUGAUGGUGGCACAGACGAUGGGACCGAUGAUGAUGGGACAGAUGGUGGAACAGAUGAUGGGACAGAUGGUGGCACAGACGAUGGGACAGAUGGUGGCACAGACGAUGGGACUGAUGGUGGCACAGAUGAUGGGACAGAUGGUGGCACAGAUGAUGGUACUGAUGAUGGGACAGAUGGUAUUAAUGGUGGAAAUCGGUCUGCAAAUGCAAGUAGUUUGAUAGAAGACGAAGAAGAGACAAAAAGUGCUGCAAGCUAUCUUUCAAUCAUCAUCGCGGGUUGUAUAUUUGGAACAUUAAUCAUAAUAAUUGUCUUGGCUUUCAUUAUGGCUUACUUCCGCCGUAAAAGGUAUCAACGACAACGUGAGAACGCUCUAUGGAAUCAAGUGAUGGGGCAAAAUGUGAAACCUAAUGGCGUUUCAAAUCCAGUCAUGGAGCCUCCACCACCAGCUCCCGUGCCAAUCAUCUCUUCUCCUGCAAAGCCGUCGGCCCCGCCGGUCACACCUGUCCCAACACCUGCGCCAGUCCCAGUAGUAGCCCCAGUACCAACACCAGCGCCAAGUGCACCACAGCCGAGCAAAACGACGCCGCCACCAACGUCACCGCCCGAGAAUCAACCUACACCAGAAGCGCCUCCUAAAGGGCCGCCUAAAGAAACAACUCCAAAAGAUCCACCAGCAGUCGAGAACGGGAAGCCGCCGAACGUCGUCGAAAACAGUGAUGACCUGAAGUUACCUGGUGCAGGUGCUGAUGAGCCUUUGAUAGACUUCAAGAAGCUGCCAUGCUCAGAGGUCAUUUAAAUUUCUGUAAUUAGCUUAGCAAACUGCAGAACUUUGAUGGUAAGCCUUAGAGCAUAUCAGACGAUCGAGUGUAAGCAUGUGCUCCCUCUCUUUACUACUGAACAUUUAGGUAUAAUCUUGUCUUCAGCGCUAUAACAGCAUUCACUGACAUUAGCAACAGAUUUUUAUAUUUAAUCAUUAACACAAUUUGUAUUAACUUUAAAAAAAUGUGUUGCAACUCCAGAGUCUACAUCACAAUCAUAUAUUAUUAGAAUUUUAUUAGCGUUUAGUCUAUUAAUUUUCGUUUUAUCCAGCAGGAUAACACAUCCAAGUUGAUAGCUCUUUCAAAUAUGAUACUGGUUUAUGUAUGGUCAUUAAAAAUACAUAACACUUGGUUUAAAUACAAUAGUUAGCUUUAGUAGUGCUACUAAUGUUACUGACUAAAAGGCAAAUUAUUCCAGUUGUUUACGCCAGCAACUAAAGGUGGAACAGACAAUCUGGGAUGCAGUCUUGUUAUUGUUCAAACGUCCGCCACGGCAAGUUUCACUCCCAAACUCAAAUUAAUUGGUAGCAACAUGUAAGAAGUUCUGAUGUCACUUUAAAUGUAAUUUUUCUGUUCGGAUGCAUUUUUCACACAGUGAUACCAGCCCAAAGACCAUUGGAUGGUGCUCACAUAGUGUCUUUAAUAAAGUCAGUGUAUCUGAUAUAAUCUUACUUUGACUAACAAUUUCAGCCAUCUUAUCUUUAUACUCUAGAUUU